GGCUGCGGCGGAGCCAACGGCGAGCACCGGCACCGACACCGGUACCGACACCGCAGGUGAGAACCGACGUGACGUGACCUCAGGUGUUUGGACAGGUGUGAACACAAAGUGUCCGUUCAUCACAGCUCAUCACCGCGCACAGGACAGGAGGGACCGGAUCAGAGUCCGGAUCAGAGUUUGGACCCGCCCGGCGGCUGCAGACCCGGUCCAUGUCCGAGCGGCAGGCCUGAUCGGGGCUGACGGCGUUCGUGUCCAAUGACCUGCCAGUCCUCCGAGUCCACAGACAGCAUCGAGAGCGACAGGCGGGCCGACGACACCUCGAGGGCUGUGGACUCAGACGAGAGCCGCAUCGCCUCGGCCAUGAAGGACCUGAAGAACACAGGUUGGUACUGGGGCGGUCUGACCGCCAACGAGGCCAAAGAGGUCCUGCAGGACUCGGCGGAGGGCGCCUUCCUGGUGCGGGACAGCUCUCAGAGGGAUUACCUGUUCACCAUCUCGGCCAUGACGGCGGCCGGGCCCACCAACCUGCGCAUCGAGUACAAGCACGGGAAGUUCAAGCUGGACUCGGUGGUUCUGGUCAAGCCCAAGCUGAAGCAGUUCGACAGCGUGGUCCACCUGGUGGAGCAUUACGUACAGCUGUCCCGGACCGGGGACAAGGUGCCGUCCAACCCGCAGCCGUCCGCGGCGCUGCCGCCCAACGGCACCGUGCAGCUGCUGCUCACCAAGCCGGUGUACAUGACCACGCCCACGCUGCAGCACCUGAGCCGGGUCGCCAUCAACCGGACCACGAGGCGGGUCCAGGACCUGCCGCUGCCCAACAGACUGAAGGACUACCUGACGGACUACACCUACAACGUGUAGGCGGAGCUGCACUACACGAGCCAAUCAGAGGAGGGCGCCGCCCGUCUGACCGCCGGCCAAUCCCAUCAUGCCUUGUACCUACAAGGCUGGAUGAGGUCCGGCUGGUUCUGGAGGACCGGACCGCAGGACCAGGACCAAUAGGCCUCCGAACCGACCCGAGAUCAGCUGGACCGGAUCAGCUGAUCGCUGAUCAAUUCAUCAAUUUAUCAGAAAAAGCAGCUGAUCGAUCGAUUAUCAGGAUCAAUACUCUGCGUGAACGCUGACGUGAGCAGCUGAUCAGACAACAAACGCUCGAUUGAUUGAAACUGUCUCAUCGAUAUUUGAAUUGAUUAUUCUGAAUCGAUCAGAAAAGUUUUUUUUAUUUUCUGUCCAACAAUUUAAUUUAUUUCAGAUUGUUGCUCGUUAGUGAAUCAGCUGAUUAAACUGUAACGAUGAAUUGAUUAUCAGAAACAUAUUUAUUGAUUUUUGUCACUCGAUUCAUUUUUAAGAAAAUAAAAGCUGCAGUUUGUUCAGGAAGUGACUGAAACUCUUUCAGAAUAAGAGCGAGGAAACAGGAAGUGAUGCGGCCAGGUGUAAACAGAACAGACUGUACCUGCAGACGGAGGCCUCUGAUUGGCUGCUGGGCGGCUGCGACCAUGACCGCGUUUCCUGGUCGAUGAGACGUCCUCGUGUUGUUGUUGUCAGAGUUUGACCCUCCGGGCUCCUGUAGGACUUUGGACUGUCCUGAGAGGACACGAGCCAAUCACAGCGCAGGAAAACAAAGACACACUCAGGACCCGUUAACCCGGCUCUGAGACCAGGACCAGGACCGAGACCAGGACCGACUGUUUGAGACCAGGACCGAGACCAGGACCAGGAGCAGGACCGACUGUCUGAGACCAGGACCGGCCGUUAAAAACAUUUUAUGUGACGAAUCCAAUGAACAUGGAGCUGUGAGGUCACUCUUCCAGGUUUUCCAGGAUCAGGUUUCAGGUGGGCGGGGCUGUUCAGGUGUCUCAGGUAAACAGCUGUGUGUGUGUGUGUGUGUGUGUGUGUGUGUGUGUGUGUGCGCAGAGGGUCGCUCAGCUCUGAAUUCUCGUGACGACGUUCUUUGGACGGACCUGAAGCCUGUCGGCCGGUUCUGGUUCUGAUGUUUAAAGAUAUUUAUUGAUCACUGUGUUUCUGGUACAUUCACCUGUCUGUCUGUCUGUCCACCUGUCU